AUGACCAUGGACCGGUUAUCUCAGAGCAGUUCAGACUCACCAAACCGAGACCCUAAAGUGUUGUCCAUUGAGUGUUUGAAGGGAAGUUCCAAAGCUGACGAGUGGACCGGUGACAUGCUUCAAACCGGUGACAUCGUCGAAGAGCUUCGAAUCGGAGCCUCCCCCACCGCCCUUAUCCGUUUCAAAUCGCCCUUCAAAAACGGCAAAACCGCCGUCAACAAAAUCCUCCAGGACUCUUACAAGAAGAAAGAAACCUCCAUCCUCGUUCGAGUUCGACGCGGUCCCCACGAGUUCGCUGAGUUGCAGGCCUGUAUCGUUCCCAGCGAUUCCUCCGGGAAGAAGCAAUACGUUCUCCGUUCCAUCACCGACCCUAACUACGUCGUUGGGUUCUUCGAUCGAACUGAAACCGAGUGUUUCCAACUCCAAGCAUCAAGAACCACCAGAAUGGUAAAUGCGCUAACUAGGACACGGUUACAGGAUGGAUAUGUCUCGUAUCCAUGGGAGAGGAGGAUGCAGGAGUUACUAUCAGUUCCCAAUUCUAGCAAUUUUCUUUCCAUAUUACUUCUUCCCAAAGUUUCUGAUCGAAUAGCUUCUCGCUACAAUGAUGUGGAAGACACACUAGCCAGGGCAAACACGUGGCUGAAUGCAGCUCAAGCUUCAGGGGUCCCUAUUGUCUUUAUGAAUGUCCAAACAGAGUCCCUACUUACUAAGAUCUCCGGAGAGACAGCUUCUUCCACUGUAAAUGCAGGAUCAUUAUCUGACUUAUCUAACCUUGCAAAUGUAAGCCUUUAUGGCUUUGAGGAUUAUCAUGGAGUAGACAUUGGUGUUGUUAGAGCAGUUAGGCUCUGGUAUGCUCCAAUUGGAGGAGAGUUCUCGAUUGAGAUAAAACUAAAAGAGGAUGACACAAAGCUUGGCUUUGCCAUCAGUCGAACAGAAGAGGGUUUUAUUUUCAUCUCAAAAGUUAUUGAUGAUGGUAAAGAAAAUGUAGCAGCCACACGUUCAGGACUGAGCAAUCUGUAUAAAGCAGCAGCAGAUACUUCAAGGUUGUUGGUAGUGUCUAGGCUUUCAAAUCAGAGAGUCCUUCCAUGGAUGGUAUCUUCAACAGGGGCCAUUAGGUGUUAUGACACUGUUUCAUUGAGCCAGAAACUCUCCUUGCAUAGACACACCAAAGUUCCUAUUCUCCUGCAUGUCUUCCUUUGGCACCGACCAUUGGCCUCUUCAAGUGUAGAAAGUACAAGAUUGAGUAACAUGUCUACAUCAGUGUUACCACCCCAAAGGGCACGCCGUCCAAAUGAGAACCAAAUUCAGCCAUUGACCCAUGAAGGAUCUGAAUCUGAUGCAGGUGGUAGUGUCAGCAGUGAUGAAUCCCAGCCAAUGCAGCUUGAGAGAGACACAGCUGGGGAUCUCUCAUUCAGAUUCAACAACUUCUCCAUGUCCAACAACUGGAAUAACACAUAUAUUGCAUUGCUUCUAUAUUCGGGCCUUUUGUUAGAGUUGAGAGCUGGUUUUUCUUCCUAG